AUGGCCUUCAUAAAGCAUAUUGUGUCCCGAUUUACCCAGAAAUUGUAUUUUGGGCCAAAGUCAGACAUUUCAAAAGAUGUCCCCAAGGAGCGAGAGAAGAAUUCACCCAAGCCUCUGCCUAGUCUGCGGCCGCGAACAUUGACCCCUCCAGCUGGGGGAGAUGGGAAACUAUCCGCCUCGUUCGUCCAGAUCACGACCGAGAAUGAGAAAGAAGGCUCGAAAGAACAACAAUACGUCUGCGACCAGAGCCAAAGCAAUCUCUUACAGAAGCUCCCGGUCGAGGUGCGGUUACAAAUCUGGAGGUACUGUGUGGCAUUAUUUGACAUACAUAUUGUGCGAGGCAGGAAUAAACUUGUCGCCAUUCCCUGCAUUGGCAGGAAAGAGCAGGCUCGACUUCCACCUUGCCAACAUAAAUGUUGGGGCAGCUCAACCAAAGCACUGUGGGGAUACUAUGGAGUAUGUCCGGGCUACUAUAUUGGCUCGAACGGUUGCUUUCACUUACCAGAUCCCAUUCCGCUGCUUCAAAGUUGCCGUAUGAUAUAUUCCGAGGCUAUCAAUCUGCUCUACAGAGAAAAUUCAUUCCGCGUCAACCAUAUCGACACAAUUAUCAGCCUGUCGCACACCUUUUUACCUUCAAGGCUCAACCUUAUUCGUACUCUUCACCUCGCACAUUCAUUUCCAUUGGCCAUGUAUGCAGACCGUGACCAAGGGAUUUUACCCUACGAUGCAAAUACAUGGGAAAGGGUCUGUGAGAUCAUUGGAAACAUGACAGGGCUGAGAGAAUUACAUAUUCACCUUGGGGGCCACCACUUAAGCUUUGAGCUUCAUGAAAUCCUCCAGUCACUCCAUCGCAUAAGACAGGUCGACAGAUUUGAGGUUUUCGUCGGUAUUGGCCGUGAUCCGGAAACCGUUUAUACGGUCGACAGACCGUUUCGAUUUGUGUCACAACAUUAUGAUUUGCUUCCAGAUUGGGAAUGUUGUUGA